GUGCCUGGGAGCCAGAUGGUCAGUGUGGAAAGCGGCAUCUGACUGAGCUCCGGGUGCUGGAGUUGUUUUCAGGCAUUGGAGGAUUCCGAGCUGCUUUCCACCGCGCAUGUGCUCAAGCAGGACGUCCUGUGGAAGAUGGCGAGUUGAAGCAAUGGGUCAAUUUCGAGGCCUCUAAGCUGGCAAACGAGGUCUACAGCAGCAAUUUCGAGGUCCCAUAUGCUCCUCUGUUACCGAAAGACAUUCGUCGACUUCAGCCGAGCGAGGUGGACUCUGCCGACCUGUGGAUACUGUCUCCGCCAUGUCAGCCAUACACGCGUUUGGGUCGUCGUGGCGACCUCGGGGACCGGCGGGCGCAGCCCCUGCGGCACUUGGCCUCGCUGUUAUCGCAACUGGAGGAGCCUCCACAGGCGAUCCUGCUAGAAAAUGUCGUGGGCUUUGAAACGUCGGAAUCCUUCAAGAUGAUCACGCAGGCUUUGCUGCGAGCAAACUUCGAAGUUCGUGUAUUCCAGCUGAGCCCUCUUCAGCUCGGCAGCUGCGCUUCGAAUUUUGGAGUCCGGGGUCGACAGAGCUUGAUCACCUUCUGUAGCAUGGCCUGGUUGGUUUGGGUCUAG